UGGUGGUGGAGUUAAAGGUAAGCCGCGCAGAGAGGGGAUGAAGAUGUUUUCGGGGGUGGUUGUACUCGACUACGUGUGAGUGCGCCGUCAGUCCGCCGCCGGCGUCAGAGGCACCAGGACGCCGCUUUUCCACUCCACAAACAAUCAUUAAACAAUCUAGCACAAAACCGCGUGUGACAAUAAAAUGUGACAAAAACGACUCAAUUAAAAGUGCUCGGACGUUUAUUUUUAAUCCCGUGUUUAAUUAAACUCGAAAUGAGACUGUGUGGGACUUGCGUGCUGCGUGAUGCUUAAUCUAAUCGAAAAACACUGUGAUUAGUUGUUAACAUAAAUGUUUGCGGUUGCCGGAAUGAUUUUCGGACGAUUUCUGGCCGGGGCGCUGCUUUUAACGCAAGCUGGAGCCUACCACCAUGCCAGCCAACAACCACCUCGAAUCACCGAACACCCUGUAGAUACGACAGUGGCCCGACACGAACCUGCCACUCUCAAUUGUCACGCUUCCGGUGAACCGGAACCGACCAUCACGUGGUUUAAAGAUGGAAUGACGUUGAGAACGGCGCCACAGGACGCUAGAUCGCAUCGGGUGCUGCUACCAGCAGGGAAUUUGUUCUUUUUAAGGGUGGUACAGAGCAGGAAGGAAAGUGAUGCUGGGGUGUACUGGUGCGAGGCUAGCAAUGCUCUGGGGAAGGCUAGGAGCAGGAAUGCCACCCUUACUGUCGCAGUUUUACGAGACGAAUUCAGACUGGAGCCCCAGAGCACCAGGGUGGCAGCAGGAGAGGAUAUCGUGAUGGAAUGUGCGCCUCCAAGGGGCACACCCGAGCCCCAGGUCUUCUGGCGAAAGGAUGGGCACACGCUGGAGGUGGAAGGGAGGCUGAAACUGGUCGAUGGGUCGAAUCUCGCCAUCACAGACACCAAACCAUCGGAUGAUGGGCGAUAUCAGUGUGUGGCCAAGAACACAGCGGGUGUGAGGGAGUCGGCAGUGGCGAUAUUGAAAGUCUAUGUGAAACCAUUUCUGAUCAAACCCCCCGAGGACAAAACGGCCCUCGUGGGCUCCACCGUGGACUUCCCGUGCGCCGUGGGCGGCGACCCCCUCCCGGACGUCCUCUGGCGUCGCAACGCCGCCGGCGGCACCAUGCCCCUAGGCCGCGUCCGCGUCCUGGAAGACCGCACCCUUCGCCUCGAAAGAAUCACCCUUUUGGACCAAGGGCGCUACACCUGCGAAGCCGACAACUACGCCGGUGCCAUCACCGCCACCGCCCUCCUCACCGUGCACGCGCCCCCAACCCUGACCACCCGCCCCCUGGCCCAAACUGUUGAAUCCAACCGGGACGUCUCCUUCCACUGCAACGUGGAAGGAAGCCCCAAACCGUUCAUCUUCUGGUCAUUCGAAGGCGACCGCACCCUAAUCUACCCCGGAACCUCCACCGGCAACUACCAAGUCACCACAGUUGAGGGCAAAUCAACCCUGACUUUAAAACAAGCGCAACCGCAAAACUCCGGAACGGUUAUAAUCUGCUCGGCGGUUAAUGCCGCCGGUUCGGCCUCGACCCGGACCCGGUUAACGGUCACGUCCCGUGAGGAGCACCCGCCUCCGGUUAUAAUCCGGGGGCCGGUUAACCAAACCCUCCCCAUUAACUCCGUGGCGUUUCUCUCGUGCGAAGCCAGCGGGAACCCGACUCCGGUCAUUUCCUGGUACAAGGAGAAUCAUCCGGUUACGUCCACGAACCGGAUUAAUACAACUAACCCCGGACUUGUGGAAAUCCACAACUUGCAAAAAGACGAUUCCGGGUUGUACACAUGUGUGGCGUCUUCACGCAGCGGGAAAGCCACAUGGAGUGGACAUUUACUUGUGGAAAACCCCAAAAAUCCGAACAUUAAUUUCUUCAAAGCCCCGGAAGCUAUCAUGCUUCCGGGGCCUCCAAGUCGUCCACACGCCCUCAACCAAUCGGAGGGCAGUGUCACGAUCACGUGGGGUCAGAAUAACAAAAUCGGGUCGUCCAGCCUGCUUGGUUACCAAAUCGAGUUGUUUGGGCGUGAGGAGGGGGUUACCCCCACCUGGACUGUGGUAGCAAGGCGGGUCCAAGGACCUACAUAUACCCAACAUUUGCUGAGUCCUUCAGUACCUUAUACGUUCUUGGUACGGGCAGAGAAUGGGCAUGGGUUGGGACCGCCGUCCCAACUAUCCGACAUAAUCAUAGUAGGUCCUGACACUGCCCAAAAUUGGGGAAACCCCGAGGUGACGGUUUUGAGCGAAGCGAGGGCUAGUCUUGUCAAAGGCGAUAUCGUGCGGUUGAGCGAAGCGAUUCCUGUUUUAUCGACCGCGAUCAAACUAGUGUGGGAAAUACUGGAUGCUCAGUACGUUGAAGGGCUUUACAUUUAUUAUGUCACACUAGACGGACCCUCCGACCUUCCCAAGCCCUACAGCAUGUUGACGGUUUUACACACCGGAGGUGCGUCCAGUUUCACUGUCAAUAACCUAGCCAAGUGGUCACGUUAUGAAUUCUUCCUUGUGCCUUUUUACAAGACUGUCGAAGGACAACCUUCCAAUUCUCGAACUGUCCGAACCUUAGAAGACGUGCCUGUUGAAGCUCCAACCUCCAUGGAAGCUUUACUCCUAAACUCGACCGCGGUUUACUUGAAAUGGAAGCCACCACCGAGCGAAACCCUCAAUGGGGACCUCCAAGGCUACAAAAUCGAGAUCAAAGCCAACGGGACCGGAACCACCGACACUGUAACAGUCGGCACAACCCCCACCCUCCUCCUGGGGAAUCUAACGGCCGGGGUUGCCUACACCGUAAAAGUGGCAGCAAUGACACGCGCCGGCCUCGGCCCCUUCAGCUCGGCUGCCAUCCUCCGGCUGGACCCAGCCUCCCGUCACAACGACCACCACCACCAGAAACCCAUCGACAUGCAAUCUGGGGAUUUCAUCACCGAGACCUGGUUCAUGGCCCUCCUGAUCAGCAUGGUCUCGGUGAUGGUACUCCUGUUCGGCGCCAUGUUGCUAGUGCGGCGCCGCCAAAUGCUAACGAAAAAAACCCUAACUCCAAGCCGCUCCAACGGCGCAGUCCUAACCACGCCCCUCGCUUCCAAGACCGAAACCCCGCUGUGGCUGGACAAGGACGCGCUGCCCGACUACUCCAACUCCCUCCCCGAGUACUCGAAGCUCACCCCCGAGGUCAACCUCCACCUCAACCCGCGGCCAGACCACCUGGACUGCUCCAAGUACAUGCAGGUGGAGAAGGAGUACGCUAGUCCGAACCUGGCCGAUUACGCCGAAGUCGAGGCGAGUCAGGUGACCUCCCCGGCGCCCUACGCCACCACGACUCUGGUGACGGGCGGCCGCAGGAUGGUCUGGGUCGAGGAGCCGCCGUACCCCUCGCACAACGGCGGCUAUUACAACCGAAAAGUCUACUCGGAUUCGUAUUUCGCGCCAAAUCAAACGCUACGUCGCAAGAAAUCGUCCAAUGAGAACCCACCCGAUCUCGUGUCGCCCAAUCAGCCGGUGUAUGCGCGCGUCGGCCCGCCCGGCCUGUCAUGGCGCAACGCCACGCCUUCUUUGACUAGUUUUACGCCACAUAAACAGGUCUAUCAUGCCUCCACGAGGAGUGAGCCUGGCAAUAUGUUGUGAAUUUGAGUGAUUUUGUUAUCAGUAUUACUUGUUAAUGUUUUUGGGAGAGUGUCUAGUCAGUGGGCUCGGUUCAAAUCGUCCAUUUUUAAGCUUGGUUCUACUAGUUAAACCCGUAACACUGUAAUCCUCAUCGAUAUUCAAAUUGUAUAAAACAUAUCAAGGAGUUAUGUAUAAAUUGUGACUGGUUGUAUAUUUCUUAACUAGGGUAGGUUUUUUCAGUGCGACUGGGAAACGGGGGACGAGGUGGCAACACCGCCUGGCGCUCACGCGCCCUAACGACCGCUAACGCGCCUCGUUAAUUGCAAAAUACAAGUAAUAAGUACCCGAAAAUUAUGUGCAAGGCCGCUUGCACAUAUUUAGCCCACCGCGGAUUGAAAAUUCCGGGUGGGUUUGUGCAGUGUUGCCACGUUUUUCGCCGGAAUAGGGACAGUUUUUUGAUUUCCGUGUCUUCCGUUAAUUUCUCGAUUGGUUGAUGUAAGAAACAUGCUCAUUAUAUUUUUAUAAAUAACGUGCCAUUGUAUAUGUUAUACCAUGUAUGUACAGUAUUUAAAAGUAAUAAAAUUUUUAAAUGCGUACCUGUUUUUGUCACGAUAAUUGGGGGAAAGACAUUUUAUCUAACUCGAGCCACACGAACAAAUCGCUCUUUAAAUUAGGAAUUAUUCGCAAGGCUCAAGUCAGUUUGAAUGUAACAAAAACACCACCAAGCACCUGAACCGUUCGAAAGUCGGACUUGAAAUACCGUCGUCGUGUCAUUUUCACCAUAUUAUUACAAUUUUUCGAAUCAUUAUUUCAAAAAGCAUCAUCCGUCUUUUUCUGACACGAAGGUGGUAAGGCAGGCCGACAUACCUGAACUAUUUUUAUGAUAAUACUUAUCAAUAUCCUUAUGAUAAAAUGGAAAUUACUGUCCUGUUAUCGCGAACUAUAUGCAAGUUUAUUGCCGUUUGUUGGCAAACUAUAUAAAAAUUCUAGAAAAGGGGGCCAAUAAUUGGCGUUUUAUUGUAAUGUGUGUGGCGUUUUGAAUUUUUUAUGGCCAGUUUUGUUGAAUAACAAGGUGCGAUUUCAGAUUUUAUAACUAAAGUUCCGUUCUAAUUGAUAAGAAACUGACGCCGCCACUGGUGGGAAAAUGGGCCGGCUGUUAUCACCAAAAUGCAAAAAAUUCUAUUAAAUCAAUUUUCAAAUUUUGUAUAAAUUAAAAACUUAAUUUCCAAGGCUCUGAAAGUUGCCUUUGGUCACUCCUUUAAAAAAACUAUCGAGCAGAUCAAGUCCUACUGACUGCACCAAUUCUUGGUUUGGUAAAAAUAUGCCAAAAUUUAGAGAAGAAUUAAGAAGGCAAUUUGUCAGUUUUUAAUAAAAAGGUACUUUCGGUUCACUUUCAUAAAAAUCUUAAUAAUUCUUAAAACUAUAAUGUAUUUGAUGAAAAAAAAGUGAACGUUCAAUUUAUUGCCCAAAACAAUAAAAAGGAUUAAAAAAGUUGUAUUUAAUCAUUUUUUUUUUGUAAUUAUUUGAAUUCACCCAAGACACGUGACCAUAACAACCGCACUGGUUGCCAUGGCAACAUACAACAACAACCGAGCAUCGGUAAAUAAAUGGUGAAAAAUGCCUUUGGUGGAAAUUGAGGAAAUACUGAAUAAAUACAAACAGGAAGAGGAAAAGGUGGAAACUUUAUUUCAAGACAU